UUCCUUCCCUCUCAAUCGGUCCUCAAGUCUUCCUCGCGAUAAACACACAAUUUCACCCUUUCGGUCUCUGCACGUUCUCUCCUCUUUGCUCUCUGUAAUGUGCGUAUCUCUCCUGAUCUCCCGCAGUCUCUUCCAUCUCUAUCUGUUCAAACUGCCCUUGCAAUCAAGAUCAAAAGACAGGAAGAGGGAUAUUCCCUCUCUAUGAGAAGGGGAUGUGUGGUCUACACCACCCACAUCUCUGGUCUGACAAACCUGCACCUAAACAUUUCCUCUGAGCUAUAAUCUAGAAACACGAUCUGGUCAAACCACUAUAAUUCACACAAGCUAUCCAGCAGACGCCAGUUUGUUGGAAGCUGUGAAAUACAGGAUGUACAUUUGGGCCCACUUUCUGCAGAGUGUAUGGAGUAUCUCUUGAAGCAACUACUGUAAGAUGUUUGAUGUGCGCGUUUGCAGUUGUGUGUGAAACCCGACAUGCACAUGUGUUUCCGUAGGAGUACACUCCUGUCACAGAUACAGACUUGAGUGGUGAACGUUUUUCCUUCGUCGUGGUGGGUUCAAUUCAAUUUAUGAGCCAUCGAAGUCACACAAAAAAAUCCCUCCCGACUUUUGUAAAAGAGUUAUCACGCAAGAGAGAGUAAAAAGAGGACCAUAAUAACCUGCAGCUAUUUUGAGUUAAGAACAGUCACCUUUGCCGACAUAAGCCAGCCUUUCUCCUCCGACUGAGCAAUCCUGACAAUGGACAGACGUGUCUCCACAAGAUCGGAGGCUCGCGUGUCUGCUCUGGUAUUUGGGUCUGCAUGGUGCGGCCACGUUAUGGGAGGCCCCUGUCCAAGAAGCCCCUCCGAUUCCCCUGUUUUUAUUAGCUUGAUCACGUGACUACAAUGACCACAACCCACCACUCUCCACUGAUGACUCACUGGCACUGGCAGACAAGUAGAUCUACCACAGAAGCUGUCUACUGUGACUAACGGCAGUCCUGCUCCCUACUGUUUCAGGAAAAUCAUAUUUUCCAUAGGUUUUAUAGAGAAUGAAGAUCUGGAGUAUACAUGGAGAGAAUGCUGCAGUGAUGCAUUGGGAUUUAAAUCCGUUUGGGUGUACUUUAAAAAAAGGAUUAUUAGAUUUUGGCCUCUAACUGAACAAUCCUGGCUUCACUUUGUUUUAAUCAACAGUUGUUGUGUUUGUGUGAAGUAAAAUUAACAGGAUGUGUCAACCCCAGGCGAUCUCGACUACCUCACAAAUGACAAAUGUAUACUUCCCCGACAAAAAAACUGCAAGUUUGGUUGAUAAUGGAGUCAAGAGGUAUUUUUACAGGCAUAUACAUAGUUAGUGAAGAAAAUUGAAAUAUGACCCUAGCAUGAAAUCCAGAGCACAUCAUGACUCAAUCAUAAUAUUCCUGAGAAUAAAACCGUUGGACCCUUUUUACACACUAAAAUCUUUUUUCCAGGGGGGAAGAGAGAAAUGAAAAAGCAGUGAUUGUGAUUUGCAUUGUGUCGAAUGCCAACACCAAUUGGGCAGCCAAUUUUUUUUCUCAGUCAAAUCAACUGGUGCAUAAAAAUACCCAUUAGAGCAUUUCCCACAUCAAAGGGUAUUUCAAUUUCUAUGACACCCAAUUUUUGAGAAAGCGACAAAAGAGAGGGAGAGAAAAUGAAUCCAGCCUUUUAAAACAAACGGGGACGGUACAUUGCAAAUAAAAAAUGAAAGAGAAGAGAGAUCACUUCGACGUGUGGGGAACUAUACGUGAGCUUGUGUGGUCCCUGCUUUCCCCCCAAUUUUCUCAUCCUUUCCCUCUCUCUAUUUCGCUCUCUCUCCCCUUCUCUAAGCCUAUGAGCUGGCUGUGGCCUUUGCCGGCAACACACCCUAAGAUUUAAAAGGCUGGGCUGAAGGUUUGGGGAGGCACACUCUCUCUCUCUCUCUCUCUCUCGUCCUAAGUACUGGGUGUGGAAGCUCCUUUUCGCCCAGGCUCCAGGGUAGGGAUGCAGGUGUCACAGAGCUGGGCCCCCAGGCUGUGGAUGCUCCUUCUGGGCUUUCUGCUGCUCUCCUCUGGGGGCCUCGCGGAGGACCAAGCAGAGCAAGAGAAGGAGCCGGCCUACUGGAACUCUCAGGCCAAGGAGACCCUGCAGGCGGCGCUAAGGCUCCGCCCCCGGGCACACCGCGCCAAGAACAUCAUCCUCUUCCUGGGGGAUGGAAUGGGGGUGUCGACGGUGUCAGCCGCGCGAAUCCUGAGAGGCCAGAUGGAGGGCCACCUGGGAGAGGAGACGGUGCUAGCCAUGGACAGCUUCCCUUACCUGGCCCUCUCGAAGACGUACAGCGUAGAUAAGCAGGUAGCGGACAGUGCAAGCACGGCUACAGCGUACCACUGUGGGGUGAAGGCGAACGCUAAAACGCUGGGCCUCAGUGCUAAUGCGGUAGCCUAUGAGUGCAACACUACCUUCGGCAAUGAAGUAUACUCUGUAUUACGGCGUGCCAAAGCACAAGGCAAGUCCGUUGGCAUCGUGACCACUACGCGCGUCCAGCACGCAUCCCCUGCAGCCGCCUAUGCACACUCCGUGAGCCGCAGCUGGUACAGUGAUGCCGACAUGCCCUCCGGUGCCCGCCGACAGGGCUGCGUUGACAUCGCCACCCAGUUGGUCACCAACGUUGAUAUUGACGUGGUGCUGGGUGGGGGGAGGAUGUACAUGACUCCUAAAGGAACUCCAGAUCCGGAGUACCCUACCUCCUCUUCAAGGAAAGGAGAUCGCAAGGACAAGAGGAAUCUCAUCGAUGUCUGGCUGAAUGCCCAAAAGAACAAGAAAUCACAGUAUGUUUGGCAUAGAAAACAGUUUGACGAGGUCAAUGUGAAAACAACAGACCGGCUCAUGGGUCUCUUCGAGCCCAAGGACAUGCGCUUUGAGGUGUUCCGGAACAUCUCUCGAGACCCCUCCAUCGUGGAGAUGACAGAGAAGGCCAUCCAGAUUCUCAGCAAGAACCCUAGAGGCUACUUCCUGUUUGUGGAAGGAGGGAGAAUCGACCACGGGCAUCACGAUGGCAUUGCCAAGCUUGCGCUAACCGAGACGGUGAUGUUUGACCAAGCAAUCAGGCGCGCCUCGCGACUCACCAGGGAGUCUGACACGCUCACCGUCGUUACGGCGGAUCACUCGCAUGUUUUCACCUUCGGAGGAAACACCCAACGUGGGAACCCCAUCUUUGGUCUGGCACCAAAGCAAGCGGACGACAAGAUGCCAUUUACAAGCAUCCUGUAUGCCAACGGUCCUGGUUAUGUGCAUGUGAACGGUACCCGAGGAAACAUCACUCUGGUAGAUUACUAUGAUGAGGAGUACAUGCAGCAGGCUGCUGUACCCCUGGACUCUGAGACCCACGGAGGGGAGGACGUGGCCAUUUACGCCAAGGGCCCCAUGGCCCACCUUUUCCACGGGGUGAAAGAGCAGAACUACGUGGCCCACGUCAUGGCCUACGCCGCGUGUCUGAAACCCUACACCGACUGCCCCCCCAAGCCACCCUCGUCCGAGGGCCACGGGCACCCCUUCCCUGGGCUGCUUCUCAGUCUCAGCGUCCUCCUGUUGCUCCUGUUUAGAUGACUGCGCACACACACAUACACACGCGCUCUCUGUCUCGCACGCACGGCUCAAUGUGGGAGUGUUUCUUUACAAAAAGGUACUCUUAUACAAUCAAUUGUGAAAUCGAAGUUCCAGUGUAUCAUUAAUCUCUAAUUGAUGAAUGAAUAGCAGAUGACUGAGAAGUGUAUCUGGUUAACAGAACCAUUGUAAUCAUCAUGACUCAUUACUGCAGUACACUUCUCCCAUCUUUAUCAUUGAAACUUAUUUUCCAAGAAAAUGCUUUUAGUAGCUGAUCAAGUGGACCUGCAUCAGAGCACAUAUCACAUUGUUUUUGUUCGGAAAUGUAUUCAAACACUUGCUCAUAACUGUUUCACAAAGCACAGUUAACAAGAGAAAAUCACGUUUACCUCAGCAUUGCAGAAGGUUGAUGAACUUUUUUUUAUGGUCUUUGAAGCUUGUGUGCUGACCUCUGUGUCACCAACUUGAUGAAGCUGUCUUUUUCAGAUUGUACAUACAUAUAUAUGCCAAUUACCUUUAUACUCCUUUUCUAUGUGUGUUUUUUUAAUGAAUGUAUUUUGUAUGAACAUUUUUAUUGUGUAUUUUUAUACCAUCUGUUACCAAAUGUUUGAAUAUGUAUAAAAUGUAAAAACAAAAACAUUGUUUUGCUUUGCAGUGCUUUGACAUCUGAGUCAGGCAUCAUAAAACAAUACCAAAUGUCAUACAUGUAUUCUGAUGUUACUGAAGAAAGCUCAAGUACUCUGUUGAGAAUUUAGCACCCUUGCAGUUUACUCAACGUAUUCCUCAGGCUACAUUACUAAUUCAGAAACAUUUCCUGACUAGACCAUCUUUUAUGAGCAGUAAUAGAGUACAGAGUACGGAUUAUUAUCUAAUCAGCAGUAUAUACAUUUUAUAAUGUCAAUUUGCAAUGAAAGGAACUCCUGAUUCAGUGGUUUAAUGGUUGAUUGUUCUGGAUAAGUGUUGCAGUGCUUUGACAUCUGAGUCAGACAUCAUAAACAAAACACCAAAUGUCAUAAAGAGAAAGAAACAUGCA